AUGUCUUUUCCUCAAAUGUAAAAUUCAUAUAGGAAACCUGACCCAAAAUCUCCUGCAUCCCACUAUGAUGAAGAAAUCAGCAAAGAAAGCGACGAACAUCUAUUUGAGAAAAAAGUCUACAGGCAGUCUAGCAACCGCCCACAUAGUGCAAAAGCAGCUGAUUUCCAAAUUUCUAAAACAUCAAAUCGUAAAACCGGCCGCCCUAUUUCAGCUCAUAAGCAGGCUCAAGUUAGCAGGUUAAGAGGGAAAACCAAGCGAGACUCGGACGUGACCUUUUUGGCAAGGCUAAGACCAAGGGGGAUUCCUAUGGACAAAGAAAGAUUGUAUGAAGAUAACAUGGCGUUGAAACUUAAAAUGAAUAUGAUCAAUGAAGAAAUGGUCAAAUUAAGGACAAAGCUGAACCAAUAUGAGAGGGAAAUCAUCAAAAGAGACGAUUUAAUUGAAGAAUUAAGAAACCCAGCAGAAAAAAUCCCAGGGCAAAACAUAAAACAGACCCAUCUCGUCGCGAAUUUGAAACAGAGCAUAAAAGAGCUGAGAAUGGAUUUACAAGCUAAAGAUGAAGAAAUGGGUCUAUGCAAAUGAUCGUGCAAUUUUGAGAGUGUAUAUUUCAUCGAAAUUCAUUUGGUAAAAAAAUUUUAAAUAAUAUGAAAUUUGGUCGAAAUUAACAGGGUUUUUUUAUGGUCAAACAUCUCACUAUCAAAAAAUUUUAACCAAUUUUCAACCAAAUGCACAAUAUCACCCUAUUAAGGGUGAUAAAGUAUGUAUAAGAAAAGAGAAGUUGGGAAGCAAAAGGUAGCUGAAGCAAGCAAAGAUUACGGAAUGAAUAAUCAUAGCCCGUAAGGACCUUUAUGCAGCAAUCGCUGCUAGAUAUAAUAAAUAGAUAGAAAUACACACUAUCAAAAGUACCCAAUCAUUGCACCUACACCUGAAGAAAUAAACAAAUUGAAAAAAAAUAUAAAAUCGACAAGAUCAAGCGAAAUGGAGAUAGAAAUCCAAGCUUACAUCGAUGAAUGUACAAGACUAAGGCAUCAUCUUGAAGAAGUUAUGAGACAACGUGAUAGCCCAAGAAGCUCUCAAGGUUUUGCUAACGCAGAAGAUAGAAAUUAUCAGCAAGAAGUGCAAAUGAAUAAUCUCCACAAUGAAAAUCAGCAGCUUACCAAAGUAUUGGCAGAGGUACAAGAAGAAGCUUCAAGAUGGAAAGAAAAAGCGCUUGAAAAUGAAAAAAAUAAGAAAAAUGCAGCUCCGAAAAAAGGGGAAGCGAAUAACUUGAAAAAUGAAAUACAAAAACUUAAGGCACAACUGGAUGCUGGGCAGAAAAAUUUAGCUGUAAAAGAAGCGGAUUUAAAAAUGAUUUCAGAAAAAUCGAAAAAAGAAGCCCAGGAUCUUGUUAGUAAACUUGAAAUGUCAGAAGAAAAAAUAAGGGAGCAAAAUUUGUUGAUAGAGCAGCUGAGAAAUCAGUUGUCUGGGCAAGGAAAAGCAGAGAAUUCGAAACAAAAUAAGAUGGAAGAGUCAAAAGUUCAGCCUAAAAAGAGUAUUCUAUUUAAAAUUACUAAAAUAGUAUCAUAUUUCUUAUGAAAUAUUGAGAUUUUUAUUAUAAAUAAUGAUAAAUUGAAAAAUCCAAAUAAAUUUUUGAAAAAAAUCCAUUCAAUUUUAGCUAAAAAGAAAAUUGAUAUCGAAACAUUUUCACGGCUAAUUGACAAAAAAAUGACCGGAACUAUUGAUAUUGAUGACUUUGUUUCAGAAACAAAAAAAAUUGGUAAAAAAAUAAAGAAAAAACAUGUGGAGCAAGCUUUAAAAGAAAUUUCUGACAAAGGAAAAAUCCAUUUAGGUAAGUUAAUCCAGUACUAUGAAAAUUACGAAUUUGAGGACAAAAAUUCAAGCUCUUCGUCAAGUGAUGAAGAAGUAGAAAAACAAAACAACAAAGAAAACCAAAAACAAGCUAAUCAGCCAUUCCCUGAUAAAAUUGAUAUUGAAGUCCCAGCCGCAUCCCAAGCAGCUCCCCCCAAACAAAAACAAGAAGUAAAACCUCAGCCUAAAGACUCCAAACCUGUAGAACCAAAAAUAAAAACAGUAAAACCAAACCAAUUAUCUGACACUUUUAAACACAUAUCUCUCCGUAUGCAACUUCAUAGACUUCCCAAGCAAAGCUUGAUGCUUGCCCUCUUUGAGUCUCUCCCUAACAAAGAAAAACCAAUCACAAAACCUGAAUUAUCAGUCCUUUUUGAAAGACCUCCUUUUAGUCUCACCGAUAAAGCCGAAAUAGACUUAAUAUCUAGGUUCUUAUUAGAACCCGACGACCCAGAAAUUUCACAAAGCCAAGCUAAUAUCUUAAAAAGCACUCCCAAAGAAAUAGUCGCAAAAUUAGGGAAAAACCUAGAAGACUGGGACAUUUUUACUACAGAGGACGAAGAAGAUUACGAUAAACAGCUGGCUCUUGCCAUAAACAAAAAUAAAGUUACAUUAAAAGAAGCUUGCAAACUAUAUGACGAUAAAGAAACCGGCGUGAUUAAGCUGAGUCAGUUUAAAGACGCCCUAAAGCAAGCUGACAUACUGUUUCCUUCAAAAUUAUUUGCUUAUAUGAGCUUAUUGUUUUAUUCUCACAAUUAUGAGCUUGACUCAGUUCCUUAUCGGCAUUUUUUGAAAGCAUAUGGGUCACCAAUGGACGGAGAAGAAGAGUAUGAAGAAGACGAAGACAUUUCUGAUGAAGAAAGGGCAAAGGUGGUAAGGCAUUAUCUGGGAGUAAUGGCACAAAUUAUGAUAAAACUGAAGAAAACAGUAAAAGAAGUAUUUAAAUUUGAUAAAAAUGGGCUGAUAUCCCCAGAUAACUUUAUUGAAGGUCUUCAAACCUUAGGAAUGAAUAAUAUUGAACAAGACCAUGUAGUAUUGAUAUUAGAAGCUUUACAAUAUGAAGAAUCAGAAAACGACGUCUGCAUUAGUGCAGAUGAACUCGAAGAAAUUUUAGUUCACUACGGAGUCCCUGCGCUCAGAGAUUCAGAAAGAGAUCAGUCCAGCAGCAGGCGGUCAAAAACCUCUUCAGAGUCCUCCACAGGGCAUAUUAAAAAAGUAUCCCUCUUAGAGUCCCCAGAAAACUAUGAAUACAGUGAAGACUCCCCAGAAAAAGCCAACAAAAACUCAGUCGGAAUCAGUGAAAGCUCCCCAUUUGCCAGCUUAUCUGGUGCAGAAAUAAACAAAAACCCUUCUGGCAAAAGUCUCCCUAAAAAUAAAAAAAGUGAAGAAAAUUCCCCAAAUUUCAAGCCAAGUGACAAACCAGGUAAUAAAAUUGGAAAAAUUUCGAAUUUAGCACAAAAUUUAGAAAAGGAAGAGGAAGAAGAAUAUGAGAGCGACUAUGCAGAAGAUUAUGAAGAGCAAGGAUCGCAGGACUCAAGUAUUGUAUAUAAGAGUUCUGAAGAAGAAAUGGGAGCAAAAUCAGCUGGGGAGGUAAAUGAAAGUUAUGGGAGUGAAUAUGAAGAAGAGCAGUCAGGAUCGUCUGUAGAUGUAUAA